GCGGCUGUGUGGAUAAAGGACACUGGAGCCCCGGCCGCACGGCUUCCUUGAACUCACGGAAGGAAGGAGUUGGGUGACCCUAAGGAUGUCUGCUGAAUGAAAUGACCUGCUGGAACUUUGGAGACUGAUUCAGCAAGAAGAAGGGAAUCCCGGGAUCUUCAAUGGCAGGAGAAAGAGCGACCAGAAGACCGAGAUGAAUUUUAACACUAUCCUAGAAGAGAUUCUUAUUAAACGGUCCCAGCAGAAAAAGAAGACAUCCCCGCUAAACUACAAAGAGAGACUUUUUGUACUUACCAAGUCCGUGUUAACCUACUACGAGGGUCGAGCGGAGAAAAAAUACAGGAAGGGAUCCGUUGAUGUUUCAAAAAUCAAGUGUGUGGAAAUAGUGAAGAACGACGAUGGUGUCAUUCCUUGUCCAAAUAAAUACCCAUUCCAGGUUGUUCAUGAUGCUAACACACUUUAUAUUUUUGCACCUAGUCCACAAAGCAGGGACCGAUGGGUGAAGAAGUUAAAAGAAGAAAUAAAGAACAACAACAAUAUUAUGAUUAAAUAUCAUCCUAAAUUUUGGGCAGACGGAAGUUACCAGUGUUGCAGACAAACAGAAAAACUAGCACCCGGAUGUGAAAAAUACAAUCUUUUUGAGAGCAGUAUAAGAAAAGCCCUGCCCCCAGCACCAGAAACAAAGAAGAGAAGGCCUCCUCCACCAAUUCCCCCAGAAGAAGAAAAUGCCGAAGAAAUUGUUGUAGCGAUGUAUGAUUUCCAAGCAACCGAAGCACAUGACCUCAGGCUAGAGAGAGGCCAAGAGUAUAUCAUACUGGAAAAGAAUGACCCCCAUUGGUGGAGAGCAAGAGAUAAGUAUGGGAGUGAAGGAUAUAUCCCAAGUAAUUAUGUCACAGGAAAGAAAUCAAACAACUUAGAUCAAUAUGAGUGGUAUUGCAGAAAUACCAACAGAAGCAAAGCCGAGCAGCUCCUCAGGACGGAAGAUAAAGAGGGUGGCUUUAUGGUGAGAGACUCCAGUCAACCAGGCUUGUACACGGUGUCGCUGUACACAAAGUUUGGGGGGGAAGGUUCAUCAGGUUUCAGACAUUAUCACAUAAAGGAAACAGCAACAUCUCCAAAGAAGUAUUACCUUGCGGAAAAACAUGCGUUUGGGUCAAUCCCUGAGAUCAUUGAGUAUCAUAAGCACAACGCAGCAGGGCUUGUCACCAGGCUGCGGUACCCAGUUAGUACGAAGGGGAAGAACGCACCAACCACGGCAGGCUUCAGCUAUGAGAAGUGGGAGAUCAACCCAUCCGAGCUGACCUUUAUGAGAGAGCUGGGGAGUGGACUGUUUGGAGUGGUGCGGCUUGGCAAGUGGCGAGCCCAGUACAAAGUAGCCAUCAAAGCUAUUCGGGAAGGUGCCAUGUGCGAGGAGGAUUUUAUAGAAGAAGCUAAAGUCAUGAUGAAGCUAACGCACCCCAAGCUGGUACAGCUCUAUGGUGUAUGCACCCAGCAGAAACCCAUCUACAUUGUCACCGAGUUCAUGGAACGGGGCUGCCUUCUGAACUUCCUCAGGCAGAGACAAGGCCAUUUCAGCAGAGAUGUGCUGCUGAGCAUGUGCCAGGACGUGUGCGAAGGGAUGGAGUACCUGGAGAGAAACAGCUUCAUCCACAGAGACCUGGCUGCCAGAAAUUGUCUGGUGAAUGAAGCUGGAGUUGUGAAAGUCUCUGACUUUGGAAUGGCCAGGUAUGUUCUGGACGACCAGUACACAAGUUCCUCCGGUGCCAAGUUCCCUGUCAAGUGGUGUCCCCCGGAAGUGUUUAAUUACAGCCGAUUUAGCAGCAAGUCAGACGUCUGGUCGUUUGGUGUCCUAAUGUGGGAAGUAUUCACAGAAGGCAGGAUGCCCUUCGAGAAGAACACCAAUUACGAAGUGGUAACCAUGGUUACUCGAGGCCACCGACUCCACCGGCCAAAGUUGGCAUCCAAAUAUUUGUAUGAGGUGAUGCUGAGGUGUUGGCAGGAGAAGCCAGAGGGAAGGCCUUCGUUUGAAGAUUUGCUACGUACGAUAGAUGAACUAGUUGAAUGUGAAGAAACUUUUGGAAGAUAAACGGUGGCUUCGAUUUCCAAGGCAAGAGGAAGAAAUAGCAUGCGGUGGGAACGUAAUUCAGUUGGCACCUGGGAGCAUUGACGGUUCUGCUUACAAUGUGGGGACUCCAAAGCCUUUGCUUCUGGUCCAGCCCGAGCUCUGUGGCUGCUUUGUAGGCUGCGGAGAUGGUGUCUUAGAGCUGGUGACUUGAAGAUCUCACUUCAUUACUCCAAGAGCUUGAGUGCCAACCAUGCACCAGGCACUGAGCCCUGGCCUUAGGGUUUGCCAUGCCAACAGUGAACCAGGCACUGAGCCCCGGGCUCAGGGUUUGCCCAUCUUAGAGAUGAACAUAGGGCUGUGUUAGCUGGUGCUAGUAGAAAGCCAAGGUGUUCCAGAGGGGAAAGCCACGUCCCAGCAACUCUUCCAUGCCCUUUGGCUUCUACAUAAACCUGGGCCAAACAGGAACCCACCUGAAUAAGUAGCAAUCCUCUGUUUUGAAAACAUCUCUUUCUGAACCUGUUCUUAUUAUUACGUUUAAAAAUCUGUAUACUGUACAUAUUGUAAAUACGCAUAAUAUAUAAAGUUAUAUAUUUAU